AUGUCGAUCAGCGAGUAUCGCCUGGCCCGUUCCAGGUCUGCCCAGAUGGUUCGACGAUCUAGUUCAGCAUCCAGAAUUCCGGUGUGUUUCAGAUUAUCUGUGAUAUCUUCUUUCUUCAUUUAGUUGGUCAGAUCAUCGUCAGUGGUCAGUCUUGGAGCGUAUCCCUACAACCGUCCCACCACCCGUCCUCUGUAUCAUUUCCCGUCCGCCGAGUUUGUUUCUCAUCGAGAAUACCGUGGCUCCAGACUUCUCGAUGAUUAUUCCCAUUACGAACCUCUCUAUUACCGUACUUACUACAAUCCCAUCCCCAUGUACAAUUCCUACCGGUCACCCACUCGAUAUUACCCGUCUGUUUUUGGUUGGUAUCCCUACUCCCGACCUUAUCUUUGGAGACCUCGUCAUUCCGUCUACGAAUCUCGUAACAUUGAUCCCUAUUACAAUUGGUACAGUAGAAGUGCGUAUUAUUCGCCUUAUCGACCAAGUCUCUUCGACGGUGAGUCCCCUUUUCUGAAGUGAUAUUCAAUAACAGUGUAUGGUAUUUAGAUGUAAACAGAAAUCUAUUCGGAUGGGUCAAGAAAUUGUCGAUUCACAGACGCAAUGUUCUCUGGGAGUCAGUCCGGUGGACGCCGAUGCCAUUACCGUGA